UAGUAAAAAAUUGUCAUCCUAGUUCAUAAUAUAUCAAAUUUUGAUUGGAUAAUGGAAAAAACAUCAAAAGUACACCAUAAUUUGGUGGUGAGAUAGUCCAAUCGUCUAUCAGCCAGUCAGAUCGUUCCACGUUCUGGGCCAUGCCGGGGAAAGGAUCAGACAAGAUGCUGCUGAGAUUGUCAUUGGUGGUUCUGCUGCUGCUACAGCUGGGUUGGUCUGCUCAUGCCCAGGAUGAGGAGACAGUUGAGGUUGAAGAAGGAACAGAAGAAGCAGAACAAGAAGAAGUGAAGCCCCUGUACACCCCGCCCACCGCUACUGGAGAAACGUUCUUCACUGACCAUUUUAUCAGCGAAGAAUCCUUCAAACAAAAAUGGGUCCUGUCUGAAGCUAAGAAGGAAGGUGUGGCUGAGGAUAUUGCCAAGUAUGAUGGGAAGUGGGCAGUGGAGGAACCAGAGGAACAGGCCAUGAGUGGGGACCUCGGACUGGUGCUGAAGUCCCGUGCCAAGCAUCAUGCCGUUGCUGCCAAACUAGACAAGCCGUUCAAGUUUGAUGGCAAGCCUUUAGUAGUGCAAUAUGAGGUACGUUUCCAGAAAGGCAUGGAGUGUGGAGGGGCUUAUAUCAAGCUGCUGUCAGAUGUGCCUGGUCUGGACUUGAAAAACUUCCAGGACAAGACGGGUUAUACCAUCAUGUUUGGGCCUGACAAGUGUGGAGUUGAGACAAAGCUACACUUCAUCUUCAGGCACAAGAACCCCAACAAUGGUUCAUACGAGGAGAAACAUGCCAAGAAACCCACCAUGGACCUGAUCAAUGCCUUCACAGACAAACAGACUCAUCUCUUCACGCUGAUUGUGAACCCAGACAACAGUUUUGAGGUGUUUGUGGACCAGACUCUGGUGAACUCUGGAAAUCUGCUACAUGAUGUCAGUCCUCCAGUGAAUCCACCACAGGAGAUUGAGGACCCUGAUGACAGUAAACCAGAGGACUGGGACGAGAGAGAAAAGAUCCCAGACCCUGAUGCCACCAAGCCUGAAGACUGGAAUGAGGAUGCACCAAGGAAGAUUGUGGACCCAGAUGCUACCAAGCCUGAUGGUUGGCUGGAUGAUGAGGAAGAGUUUGUUCCUGAUCCCAAUGCUGUCAAACCAGAAGACUGGGAUGAUGAAAUGGACGGUGAAUGGGAGGCUCCUCAGAUAGAGAAUCCCAGGUGUGAGGCAGCCCCUGGGUGUGGGGAGUGGUCCCCUCCCAUGAUUGACAACCCAGAGUACAAGGGGAAGUGGAAGGCACCCAUGAUUGCCAACCCCAACUACAAGGGUAUCUGGAAGCCCAGGACGAUUCCCAACCCUGACUACUUUGAGGACCUCAGCCCCUAUGCAAUGACUCCUAUUGCUGCAGUAGGCCUGGAACUGUGGGCGAUGACAGAGGACGUUCUGUUUGACAACUUCAUCAUCACCAAUGAGAAGACCGUAGCUGACGAGUGGGCAAAGGCCAGCUGGAAGCUCAAGAGCCAUGAAGAAGCCAGGGAGAAGGCUGCAAAGUCGUUCAUCGAGUCUAUAGUGUUUGCUGCGUACGAGCGCCCGUGGCUGUGGGUGGUGUACAUCAUGGUGGUCAUCAUCCCUGUCAUCCUGUUCAUCCACUUCUGCUGCCCAGCCACGUUACCCAAGAAGAAGUCUGCUCACCCAAAGAAGACAGACGCCAUCACUCCAGACGACAUGCGUCCCAAGAAGAAGAAGGCUGACCUGAACGCUAAGCCAGCCGAGGUGGGGCAAGGAGAUGCUAUGGCUGAAGAGGACCAAGAGAAGGAUGGAGCUGAAGCAGAUGCUGCUGAGGGUGAUGCUGGGGAGGAGGAGGAGGUACCGGAGGCUGAGGAGAAGGAGGAGGAGGAAGCACCUGAGGAGGACCAGGAGGAGAGGAAACCAAGCAAAGCUGACCUAGAAGCCACAGAACAGCCUGAGGCUCUAGCGGAGGAAGGGUCCCCAAGAACAUCUGCCAGGAAGCGUAGGGUCAGGAAAGACUGAUGACCGUCCAGCCUUUAGACAAUAUCAGGGACGUGAGACUGCCCAGGGCAGGGGGGAUUUCAUGCAGAACGGCCAGUCUGAUGUUUUAAACAGACCCAAAUGAUGUGCAUUACGGAAACAUGCGCAUUUCCUGGUGUCAUCUGUGAAGAAGUGGCUUCUAACAUCUCGACCAGUCCGUAAAGCAGAGUAAUAAGAUCAUGCCCCUUCCCUUUACAGAUGACACCAAGAGAUGCGAAUCUUAUGUGUUACAUUGUACAUUUCCUUGAAUAUACCAGCAUUGACUGUAAAGACUUUGUUUAUACUUCUGCACUUCUUGUGUCUAUCAAAUUGGACUUUUAGAGCCAAUGUCAGUAAACUUGUUGACAUUCCUCUUUGUUGUCAAGUUGUUUUUGUUAUUUGUUUCACUGCAGGUUCAAUGUUUAUACAAACAGUGCCUAAACACAAGGUUAUCUUGAGUUUUGUAUAUUUGAUGAAGAAAAAUGAGGAAUGUACAAAAGGCUUGUGCUGCUUAUACUACCGGGGUAGUAGGUAGUGAUUUAAGAAAUGAAUAAAUAAUUAAUUGUGUUUGCAUGUUGAAUUUUGUAGGCUGGUGAUUAAGGAAGUCGAGUGUUUUCCAUUGUAUUCUUUAAUUUGAGAGAAAGUAACAAUGUUGUAAAAAGAAACAUGUUUAGUUGAGGGAUGUCCCAACAGUUCUACUGUAGCCCAACUAUGCCUGUACUAUAACAUAGCCACCUAUAUGGCAGAUUGAAUAGGGCCUGGAUAUAUAAUGACCACAUCCCUUGUUUAGCGUUUGCCUGAAGUAGCUGUAGAUUUUACAUUAACAGUAGUUCUUCCAUAGUAAGGAAUAGUGAUUGGAACAAAUUUUCAGGAAUGUGUUUGUAGUAGUCAUUCCUAGGGUCAACUAAUAAUUGCCAAAAAAUGAGGGUAGCUGUUUUUUUUUCCACCAACUAAACUGAUUUACAUUUAUGUAAAUGAGUGAUGUAAGAUACUAUUAUUGUAGACUUUGACUGUAUAGAUUGGUGGUCUUUUGGAAGUGUUGUGUAGAUCAUGUUUAUGAUGUCACUGUUGAAUGUCAAAAUUGACAGGGUAGGCAUACAUGCAACUACUGAAGAAACAAUAGCCUAUCGGAACAGGUAAACACUACACAAGCUUUAGUGUUCUUUUAGAUGGGGCUUCAUCUGCAAUCUUUCCAUCUAUGCUUGUACUGUAGCUUGAAAGGCAAAGAAGAACAGCUAUAAAUAUAAUGGGAUAGUGUGUUUGCACUCAUGGGGCUGUGACUAAUAUGGUUUAACCUGGGACUUACCAGGUAAAUUUGUGGUGUACAUGUACUGACAUUAUAACGUUACACAUGUAAAUUUGUACUUCUAUCCUCAAGAGGUUCAACCAACCAGGGUGGAGGCACUGUAUUGUAUCACAGCUGCCCUAGCCUGUUAAAGUUAAAACAUCCCUACAUUAUCAACCACUGUAUACCAGACUAUAAUUGCAAAUAAAUCAUUCAAGAGUGUUAGCUGAACAGUAGCAGUGCUUGUGGUGUUACUGUGUAACUGGUAGUCAAACUGUUUUACUUCUACCAAAGAUUCAUCAUAAACAUACUGGGAAGAAGAAAAAAAACUCAUUUACCAUGAAAACUUACCAUCUUUUUCUCUGUAAUACUCAUGACCUCGUGUUGAAAUAAACAUGCUAAAGUAAA